GCCUGGCGCGGCGGCAGCUCGCGCGCCUGCGCAGCCGGCUCAGGGCCCCUAGGUUUUCUAUGGGAUUCCCAAUCCGCAGCAGAGACCUACCGGAGCGUGUGGCGGCGGCCGCGGGGCUGGCGAGGCGCGAUCCGAGAGGGAUUUAAGCUGCCUAGACCUCCGGAGAAAAAGAGCGCGAGAGAACCACCCACCGGACGGCUUCACCGUGUAGCCGAAUUAAAUACAAAUAUCUAAAAAGAACUGUUGAGUUUUAUCAUUUUCGUUAAGUGACCGUGCACAGCGCUAUAACUGCAGAAUGGGGAAACAGAAUAGCAAACUGGCCCCGGAAGUGAUGGAGGACCUGGUAAAGAGCACAGAGUUUAAUGAGCACGAGCUCAAGCAGUGGUAUAAAGGAUUUCUCAAGGACUGUCCCAGCGGGAGGCUGAAUCUCGAGGAAUUUCAGCAGCUCUACGUGAAGUUCUUCCCUUACGGAGACGCCUCCAAGUUUGCCCAGCACGCCUUCCGGACCUUCGACAAGAACGGGGACGGCACCAUCGACUUCCGAGAGUUCAUCUGCGCCCUGUCCAUCACCUCCAGGGGCAGCUUCGAGCAGAAGCUGAACUGGGCCUUCAACAUGUACGACCUGGACGGCGACGGCAAGAUCACCCGAGUGGAGAUGCUGGAGAUCAUUGAGGCUAUCUACAAAAUGGUGGGCACCGUGAUCAUGAUGAAGAUGAACGAAGAUGGUCUCACGCCUGAGCAGCGAGUAGACAAGAUUUUCAGCAAGAUGGAUAAGAACAAAGAUGAUCAGAUUACACUGGAUGAAUUCAAAGAAGCUGCAAAGAGCGACCCUUCCAUUGUAUUACUUCUGCAGUGCGACAUUCAGAAAUGAGCUGAAGUCAAGGCUAUGGACUGCACAAGAGUCUCAAUGUUCCAUUCAGUCUGCAGCUAUUCACACACACACACACAUACACACACUCACACAAAUAUAUUGCUUGGACUACCUUACCUAUAAAUGGACUCGCUUCUUGUGUUUGAAACACUUGUGUGCAUGAGAAUGUCAUUUGCUAAUGAAUUUUAAAAGCAUAUAUUAUAAAACAAAGAACCAACCUGCCACAAUGUGAUAUGUGUAAUAUCAUUUCAUAAAAAACCCUCCUCCUCCAAAGCCUGGGCAGAAAUGUGCUGCGAAGAGUUAUAUGAUUUCUUGUUCAUGUUUUGCUAAUGCUCGUGUCUUCUUGAUUACGUAAUGUUAGUAGCACUGAGCCCCCCAUGGUAAUGUAACGUGACUAAGCUGUGUCGCCAUCUCCUGUAAAAUAGCCCUGGGCAUGCCCGGUAGGGCCAUGGCUGCUCCCCGAUGCCCACACAGAGCUUGUACUAUCAGUGUGUAUGACAUUUGCAUGCCUUUUAGGUUUGCCUUAAUCCUUAUUUCAUUUGCACCCUACCAACCUGGAAAGAGCUGUGUUGGAAUUAAUGCAGUAUACAAUUUAAAACCCUGCUAAAUGACUCAUUAAGUAUAUCUACCUAUAUAUACAUAGACACAAAGAUAUUAUUUAUUGAAAGUAAAAAAAGAGAUGGAAGUGUAUUGAUUUCUGCUUGAAUUUUCAAAGGCUUCUAAAGAGGUGGCAAUAGAUGUCCCAAAUAAAUUUAUAACAUUUGA